AUGGGAUGCUCAGUCACUCGCCGUGGGGUCCGGACUGAUUCAUCACCUCUUCCCUUACCGCCAUCCCUGGAUCGAUUGGAGAGUGCCCAGGAUACUGCUCACGCCCGCCAUUGGUUGAUGCGCUUCAAGUCUCACAAAAUACCCAAAGAUUCAGUCGAAAUCACCUUUUCCAGAAGCUCCGGACCUGGUGGUCAGAACGUAAACAAAGUCAACACUAAGGCCACAUUGCGGUGUCUGUUAGACUCAGAAUGGAUACCUCGCUGGGCUAGGGCUGGUCUGCGCAAAUCUCCCUACUUUGUCUCUUCAUCACGUUCGAUCCUGAUAAAAUCCAUGGCACACCGCUCGCAAGCACAGAAUAUAGAUGAUUGUUUGUCCAAGCUCCAUUCUUUGAUCUCUUCCAUUUCUUCCGUGGACAUGAGAAAUGAGCCGUCAGAAAAGCAGAAGGAACGCGUUCGGAGUUUCGAGAGAGCCGAAAGGGCAAAACGAAGACAAGAAAAGGACAGGAGAAGUCAGGUCAAGAGAGACCGGUCCAGCUCCCGAAAAGAUUGGGAUUGA